AUGUCCGACACCAUGCGCCCCAACGUCGAGGUCGCUAUGUUCAUCCUACUCGCGGUUAUAAUCCCCGUCGUCGCCUUUUUUGGCAUCAAGUGGCUUGUCUUCCGUCCCACUCGUCUGACCAUCCACCCUGCCGGCGGAGCUUUCAUGCGCGUCCCUCGCGGCCGCCGUCGUUACGUCUUCUUCGGCCCUCGCCUCCCUCAUGACCCAAGCCGCAACCGCGGCAGCCGUCCGCGCCGCCAGCGGACCGUCGUCGUAAUCCGCGACCUCGAAUCCGGCCUCCAUGGAGGAUCCGCCGUCCACAGCAACGCCGGCGGCGGCGCUAACACCCCCAACGCGUCUACGACCGCCAUCUCCGGCUCAGCCUGCUCCUGCUCCCACGGCCACGACGGCGGCUCCGAGCACUACAUCACCACCCCCUCCGACCGCGAGCUGAACAUCAAACGCGCCCGCACCGCCGCCCGCGGCGGCACAGCCUUCGGCCCCGUCGCCGUCGCUACUACUACCGCUGACCCUCGCACCGGCGGCGCCAUCCGCGCUCCUCGCUUCACUCCCGACGACGUUUCUUCUGCCAACGCCUCCACCGUCUCCGCCGACGGCGGCAUCGUCCCCGCUACGACCGCUACGAUCGACCACGCUGCUAAGACGGCUGAUGGACGCCAGGCCCUGCGCAGGCCUCUGGGCGGCACGAUCAUCCGCGGGCCGCGUGGCAUGGGCGUGCGCGUGCGCAAGGCGAGCGAGGAUCUGAAGAAGGACGCGGCGAAGGACGCUGCGGCUGCUGCUGAUGCUGCUGUUGCUGUUGCGUCUGGUUCUCCCGUUGUCACGCCUGCUUCGCCCGUCACCAUGCCUGCUUCGCCCGUCACCACGCCCGGUUCGCCCAUCACCCCCAGCUCGCCCGUCGGCACUCCCAAGUCGCCCGUCGUCGUCCCGUCUGCUGGUGUCCCCGUCGCGUCCGGCGCUCUUCCGGCUGCUUCUUCGCCCGCUUCGCCCCCCGGUUCUCCCAACAUCAUCACCCCGGCCUCCCCUCCUGGCUCCAACUCCGGCACGGGAUCUGGCUCGGCCAACACCAUCGACCGCGCCACGGCCGCCAACACUGCCGCGAACAGGACUGGUCGCGUCACAGCCGCCGAGGCCAACGCCGCUGCUGACGCCGAGGCCACCGCUGCCGCCAACGCCGCUUCGUUCGAGGCGAACAAUGCUAUCCCGGUUGACUUUGGACACUUUGCGGACCUGGCUGCUGGUGGCAAUGACAACAACGGCAACGGCGGCGGUGGCGGUGGUGUUGCCGUCCCUGCUAACAACAACAACAGCGGCGGUGGUGUUCCUGUUCCUGGCGAGUUCACGAUUCCCGCUCCUGCUGCUGUCGGCGAUGGCGGCAACGCUGAGGGCGGUGGCAGCUCUGGUGAUGGACGUGUUGUCGCCUUUGCUGCUGAGCCGGCCAAGAGCUUGUAA